AUGUCUGCAAAUUCCAUGAUGAUCUUAUUGGUCUCGUCAUCCGACUACAUCUACUCCCCAAUGUACUUCUUUCUCAGCCAUCUGUCCUUCUGCGAUGUCCUCCUUACUAUGACCAUCGUACCGGAGAUGCUCCACGUCAUAUUAAGAGAAGGAAGCUUCAUAUCCAUAUCUGGAUGCUUCACCCAGUUUUACUUUCUUUCUGUAUCAACAGGCACCGAGUCUUUACUCCUCACUCUAAUGUCUUAUGAUCGCUACAUGGCCAUCUGUAACCCGCUCCACUAUUCUUCAGUCAUGCACCUAAAGUUCUGUAUCUACCUUGUGACCGUGACGUGGUUUUGUGGAUUUGGUUUGUCCAUGCUACACAUCUUUAACUUAAGCCAAAUGAUAUUCUGCGGUUCAAAUAUCAUCAACCACUUCUUCUGUGAUUUGGUUCCACUUAUCAAACUUGCCUGUUCGGACACAUCUUCCAAUGACGUAGUCAUCCUGUUCCUGUCUGUUCCCCUGCUAAUAAUCCCAGUCGUUAGCAUCACUGUAACUUAUAUAAACAUCUUACACGCCAUUCUGAGGAUCUCCUCCACCACCGGGAGACAGAAAGCCUUCUCCACCUGCAGCUCCCACCUGACCGUGGUCUGCAUAUAUUACGGGACCUUAGUAUUUAAUUAUAUGAGUCCUUCUAACAGAGAAUAUUCGGCAUUACAAAAGCUGGAUUCGGUGCUUUACACUAUUGUGACGCCUUUGCUGAACCCCGUUAUAUACAGUCUGAGGAACAGGGAGAUUAUAAAGGCUCUAAGGACAUUUAUGGUGAAGAGAAUGGAGAAAAAGAUGUAUUGA